AGCCCUGAAGGAAGUCCAGGACAAGCUAGCUAAACUUGAAAAGACGCUAGAAUCGAAGAAGCAAGAAAAAGCUGACCUAGAGAACCAGGUCGACUUGUGCAGCAAAAAACUGGACCGAGCGGAGAAAUUACUUGGCGGCCUUGGAGGUGAGAAAACUCGCUGGAGCCAGACUGCUUUGGAGCUGGGGAAACAGUAUGUCAAUCUGACAGGCGAUAUCCUCAUUUCGUCAGGCAUUGUAGCCUACUUGGGAGCUUUCACGUCCAGCUACAGACAAAACCAAGCACAUGAUUGGGUAUUGACCUGCAAAGCGAGAGGCAUCCCUUGCUCAGAUGACUUUUCUCUAACAAGCACUUUAGGAGAACCGGUGAAAAUCAGAGCCUGGAACAUUGCCGGGCUGCCUUCUGACUCCUUUUCCAUUGACAAUGGCAUCAUUAUCUCGAAUGCAAGAAGGUGGCCACUCAUGAUUGAUCCGCAGGGGCAAGCAAACAAGUGGGUGAAGAAUAUGGAAAAAGCAAACAGCUUGCACGUCAUCAAGCUCAACGAUUCCGAAUAUGUGAGAACACUAGAAAACUGUGUACAGUUCGGCACACCCGUGCUGCUGGAAAAUGUGGGUGAAGAACUGGAUCCUAUCCUCGAGCCCCUUCUGCUGAAACAGACGUUCAAGCAGGCCGGUAGUAUCUGCAUCCGCCUGGGGGAUUCCACCAUUGAGUACGCUCCUGACUUUCGCUUUUAUAUCACAACCAAGCUGAGGAACCCACAUUACCUUCCGGAAACAUCCGUCAAAGUAACGUUACUGAACUUCAUGAUAACCCCAGAAGGAAUGCAGGAUCAGCUUCUUGGGAUCGUCGUUGCAAGGGAGAGACCAGAUCUUGAAGAAGAAAAACAAGCCUUGAUCUUGCAAGGGGCUGAGAAUAAAAGGCAGCUCAAAGAAAUAGAGGACAAAAUUUUAGAAGUUCUGUCAUCUUCUGAAGGGAAUAUUUUAGAGGAUGAAACCGCCAUCAAGAUUCUGUCUUCUUCCAAGGCUCUGGCUAACGAGAUCUCAGAAAAACAAGCAGUAGCCGAAGAAACGGAAAAGAAGAUCGAUGCCACCCGAAUGGGCUACCGUCCUAUUGCGGUUCAUUCAUCAAUUCUGUUUUUUUCCAUUGCUGAUCUAGCCAAUAUCGAGCCAAUGUACCAGUAUUCCCUAACGUGGUUUAUCAAUCUUUUUGUCAUGUCCAUAGACAAUUCUGAGAAAUCUGAUAUUUUACAAACAAGACUGAAGAUUCUCAAAGAUCAUUUCACUUACUCCCUGUAUGUAAAUGUCUGCCGCUCGCUCUUUGAAAAAGACAAGCUGCUCUUCUCCUUCUGCCUGAAUGUAAAUCUCUUGAAGCAUGAAAAAAUGAUUGAUGACUCGGAAUGGAAGUUCCUGCUUACCGGCGGGAUCGGCCUGGACAACCCUUACUCGAACCCCUGCCCGUGGCUGCCUCAGAAAUCCUGGGACGAAACCUGCCGCCUCGAUGAUUUGCCAACCUUCAGAUCUAUCCGAAAGGAAUUCAUGCACUUGAAGGAAGGAUGGAAACUGGUCUACGACAGUCUGGAGCCGCACCACGAGGACUUUCCGGAGGUCUGGCAAGAGAAAGUGGGCGACUUCCAAAGGAUGCUCAUCAUUCGCUGCCUCAGGCCCGACAAAAUUAUUCCAAUGGUGCAGGAGUUUAUCACUGGGAGCUUGGGACGUAUGUUUAUUGAACCACCUCCGUUUGAUUUGUCCAAAGCAUUUGGUGACAGUCACUGUUGUGCACCGCUGAUUUUUGUGCUGUCUCCUGGGGCAGAUCCUAUGGCAGCCCUCCUCAAGUUUGCUGAUGAUCAGGGCUUUGGCGCAUCCAAGCUGAGUUCGCUGUCCCUGGGCCAAGGUCAGGGCCCCAUCGCCAUGCGCAUGAUAGAGAAGGCGGUGAAGGAGGGCAGUUGGGUGGUCCUUCAGAACUGCCACCUGGCCACAUCCUGGAUGCCAACGUUGGAAAAAGUCUGCGAGUUUUCUCUGCUGGUCAAGGAGUGUAAAAACAUGGGGCUGCCCUUGAAGACAGUCCAGAAGCCGGCUCUGGUGCAGCACGCUAUGUGGCUGAAACCAUGCAAAAAGUCAGAGAUUCCGGAGAGGCCGAGCUACCUGGCCCCCGUGUACAAGACCAGCGAGAGACGAGGAACCCUGUCCACGACAGGCCACUCCACCAAUUUUGUGAUUGCCAUGAUCCUCCCUUCAGACCAACCUCAGCAGCACUGGAUUGGUCGAGGGGUGGCCCUUCUGUGCCAGCUCAACUCGUAA